AUGUCGGAAGCGACGUCCGACAAGGCCGGCUUGCCUGAGCAUUCGGUGGAGCCGUCAACUUCUCACGCCAACCUCGAACGCCAACCGUCAAGCCUAACCGAGAACGAUGUGAUCGAUGUGGAGGGUCUGGGGUCCAGCGAGGAGAAUGUUUAUUGUAAGUACAGUAGGGUAGGGUACUGUAGAGUAGAAUGGAAUACGGUAGGGUUAGUAGGGUAAAUAAGGGUAGGAUAGGGUAGGGUAGGGUAGGGUGGGGUAGAGUACGAUAGGGCACGGUAGGGUAGGGUACAAUAGGGCACGGUAGGAUACGGUAGAGCUUAGUAGGGUAAAAUAGGGUAAAUUAAGCUAAAAUAGAAUAAAGCGGGAUAAAAAAAUUUUAAAAUUAAACAAAAAAAUUUUCAGUAACUCAACCAUCCACAUCCAACCAAAGCCGACGUUAUCAACCUUCUGAACUGGCUUCAGAUUUAGACACGAUGCCAGUUCUUCAACGAGCAUCGGAUUCUGAAAUGAAUUUUCAAGGUAUGGGCCGUGCCAGUGGUUUGGAAAGUACCAGCUCCACCGGUCAUACUAAUUCCAUCGGUCGUACCAAUUCCACCGUCCGUACCAGCUCUAUCGGAAGCACCACACAACAUCAUAAUAUACUAGCUCGAAGCCACGAUUCCGAAGAGCCACAGAUCUAUCGUCCCAUUCCUCAGCGGCUUCAGAAUGGCUAUCUACCGAGCCAGCUUUACAAAGGUACUUUGGUGCACAAGACUAGCUUUGAUAUGCCAUAUUCGUCUGCUGGGACAUCUACUGUAACUGAAGAUCGUAUAUUCAACUUCUUGGCCAAUGAAGUUAGGGCUAAGACUAGUAGUAUUGAAGAGCCUACUGUGGUAAGUCAGAAGCUAGCCAAAGGGGAUCAUUUUGAUGAUAUUGAGGUUGAUCAUGAUGACAUAACUGUUGAGAACAGUAAAGUAUCGACUGGUAAUCAGGCAAGUCAUGGUUCAAAGGCUAGCCUAGCAAAUUCUACAGAGUUUCCGACACCAAAUCACUCAAUGUUAAAUUCUACAGACUUUUUGACCUCCCAUUCAUUGACAAAUCCCUGUCAGACAUUGAUGACCCCCUCUGAAGCCCUGAGGAGCUCUACAGAGAUCUUGGCCCAAAGUAGGCCAAGACUAGCUUCAGCUACGGAGUUGCUUUACUCUAUCUCUACUAGUAGUCUACUGAACCCUAGUAAUAGCUCCCUUCUCGACCGUACUACGAGCUCUCUACUUAACUCCUCUACCCCAAGCUCCCUACUCAACCCUGCUACUAGCUCCUUACUGAACUCCUCUACCAAUAGCCUACUCGACCCCAGUACUAGCUCCUUACUUGACCCUACUACUAGUACCCUUCUCAACGCUACAACAAAUUCAUUGCUAGAUCCGAGUACUAGUACUAUGCUAAACCCGAGUACCAGCUCUCUACUAACUUCAAGCUCUUUACUCAACCCUACAAGCAAUUCUUUGUUAAACCCCAGCACGAGCUUGUUAUUAAGCCCUACGGCGAGUUCUCUUCAUAACAUGGUCCCUACUACAAGUUCGCUUCAUAACAUCAACCCAACAGCGACUUCUUUACAAAACAUCAUGUCUACAGUAAGCUCUUUACAAAACAUCAUGUCUACAGUAAGCUCAUUACAAAACAUGGCCCCUACUGCAAGCUCGCUACAUAACAUCAUGUCCACAGCCAGCUCCCUUCAAAACAUCAACCCUACAUCCGCCGUUCUACAGAACAUCCUCUCUGCUACAAGCUCAGAAACCCCCACAACCAACGUUCUAGCCGGUGUAAUCAGCCAAGCCAAAGACCAACUACUAGCCUCUGAACCUUUGACCAAAAACCUGCUACAAAAAUUGAACGUCUUCCACAUGUUCCACCCCUACUCCACCGACGACUUGAUCAAAAUCCGCUCCAUCUUCGGCAACAACUUUGACAAAUGGCUGUGUCUCUACAAGGAAAUCCAGUCAAUGUUAACCAAAAGUGAUGCCAACCUCUUAGCCGUUCUUCAACACUACUUCCAAGCCAAAGACAGUGUAGAAAACGACCCCCUCCUUAGUGCUGGCGACUCGUUUUUGUCUACCACGCCCGGUUUUCUAGGAGGUUCCCAGCUCGAACCCGCCAAAAAAGGCCCCGGCCGUCCACGCCGCUCCACCAAUCCAGAUAUUAUGCAGCGAAGAAUGUCGGUCUUUAGCAGUGAAAACCAGGUGCCAGAGCCAAACGAGCCCAUCCAGACUCUGACCAACUUCUUCAUGAAGUACAACGUCAGUUUGGAUGUGGAGUUCUCGCGCAAAGCCCUGGAGUCGUUGAUGAAGAAGCUGAAGGAGAAGCCGGAGGAAGUGAAGGCGCUGAUCGAUGUGGUACGGAGUGCAGGACUGUGCCAUUCCCCAUGCAUUACGAUUAUGAAGACGUUGGAUGGACGAUUACAAGUGGCUGGACGAAAGGGAUUCCCUCAUAUUAUCUAUGGCAGAAUAUUCAGAUGGCCGGGGCUUAAGAAGAACGAGUCCAGCCCGCUUGAGGUUCAUAAUGUAGGUUCUUUGGAAAGAGUCUCGGACAAAAAACUUAUAGAUUUUUAAAUUUUUAAAUUUAAAAAUGAUUUUUUAAUAAUAUUUUUCAUUUUAGAACUGCAGACAUAUUCCACAACCCACGUCCGGUGUCGGAUCUGAUGGACCACGAAAGGAUGAUACUGUAGGUUUUUCUUAAACAAAUAAAAGUAUUGAGCGUACGGUAACUCAGCCAUCCAGGUCUAUUUAGCAACUUUUAAAAAUGACUUUAGUCUAAGCUUACUAAGCCUAAGAAUAAGCUUACUAAGAAUAAGCCUAAUAAGCCAAGUGUACUAAGGCUAAGUCUAAUAUGCUUAAGCCUAAACCUAAGCCUAAGCUUACACAGCCUAAGCCUACUAAACCAUCAUACUAAGCCUAAUCCUAAGCCUAAGUUUAAGCCUAAAGUAAGCCUAAGCUUAAACCUAAGCCUCUGUUGUAAACCCUAUAAUUCCAAUUGACAAGCCCUUUACUACACAGUAAUCGAACCAAACGUUAUCUUAAACUGGGCGUGGCUUCAAAUGCCAAAGUUUGUAGAAACGAGUGUAAAUUAACAUUUACUAUAUUUAGCUGCAGAAAUUGUCAUUUUUAGCAGUUGGAAAUGACGAUUGUAGCUUUUAACAUUAAAAACUUCAAAAACCAUGUAAAAAAUUUGAAAAAAUAAUUUAUUAGGUAUUCAAAAGUUUGAAAGGUUUUUGUGGCGAGACUUACAAACACAAAAAUUAAAAUUUUAAGCCCGCGCUUAAGAAUACGCCAAAGAUUAAGGCAAAUAUAGCUGAACUUAAGCAGAAUCCCAAGCCAAAGCCUAAACCUAAUUUUAGGCCUAAGCCAAAGCUUCAGACUGAGCGCUAGCUUAAUCCAAAGUCAGCCUAAACCUGAGCCUAAGCAUAAGCUUAAACCUAAACCUAAGCUUUAACCUAAGCCUAAGCCUAAGCUUAAGUCUAAGCCUACUAAGCUUAAGCUUACUAAGCCUAAGGCUACUGCGCUUAGGUUCAGUAAGCCUAAGCCUACUGAGCCUCAGCCUAAGCCUAAGCCUACUAAGCCUCAGACUAAACCUAAGCCUAAGCCUACUAAGCCUAAUUCUACUAAGCUUAAGACUAUUAAGUAUAAAUCAACUAAGCCUACUAAGCCUAAUUCUAAUAAACCUAAACUAAGAAACGUGUUUUAGGUUUGCGUCAACCCUUGGCACUACCAAAAGCACGAAGACCCGUUAGGCACCGAAAAGGCCAGACGUCAACCCGCGCCAAGACAUCAUCAUCAACAAGCCCUACCAUCCGAUCCACCAGACCCGAUUCACAACAAAAAGAAGAGUCGAGCUUCAGAAUCAGCACUAGAUGAGCACUACCCGAUCAAAGCCCGUGAUGAAACCGUUCACGACGGACUAGCCAGCUCCAGUAAUUCGAAAGGACUAGCCAAUAGUCGACCAGGCCAACGAGGCAGACCUCCUCACACAUCGACCAGUCGAUCCGCCUCUUAUCAGAAUCCAAACAGCCGGGAAGAAGCGAUGCAACAGAUCGCCAAGCUGCAGAUGUCAGCUCCGAACUCUCAAGAAGUGCUACAGUCGCUACAACAACGUCAAGCUCAAAUGGCUACACUGGCUCAAGAUUCUGGGAUUCUGGCGCAGGAUUCCGGGAUUCUGACUCGGGAUUCUGGGAUUCUAGCUCGAGAUUCUGGGAUUCUGGCUCGAGAUUCGGGGAUUUUGGCUCAAGAUUCUGGGAUUCUGGCCCAGGAUUCAGGGAUUCUGACUCAGGAUUCUGGAAUUCCACUACCUUCGACCAUCGAAACCGGUCAAAUGCUGAAGAAUCGUGAAAAAAUGGCCGAAAGCCCUGGCUACAUGACCGACCUAAGCCCAAUGUCAAGGAAACGCAUCGGAAGUACGUCACGAUCUCGAAAAUCGACCGAAACCAACUCUCCCACAUCGACCGAGCCCAGUCCGUUCAGAUCUCGACAGAAUUCGAAUGCUAGUGUCUCGAGUGGCUUGGCACGUAAGACCUCACGACGUAGCAUAGAGAGCUCCACCUCACCCUCACCUCGCAAGGUAUCACGGCUAGAGGAUGGUACUCGGCGUAGCAUGAACUUUAUGACCAAUGAUGGCUUCAAGACACCACAUGUAUACAGUAACAAUGAAGUACCAGGUACUCCAAAGAAGUACUCCAGUCUACUUAGCUCACCAUUAAGCCAGACGAUGCUUCAAAGCCCGCUACAUAGCUUGGCUUCACCCCAAACGCCAUGUAGUUUGGACAUUCCACCCUCACCAACACAACAGCUAGUCCAAGAGCUCAUGCUACAAGCCUACAGGAAUGCCAAGGCUAUGACAAAGAAGGAGCACGAUGAGAAGCAUCUGAAGCGAACAGGCAGUGUUGAUCGUGCCCUCGAGCUGAUUAACAAAAUGACUGCGGCUGGUGCUGGCUCACAUAAGAUGAACCAGUUUGUAGUGCCAGUCUAUGAUCGACCGGUAAAGCCGGAUCCGUUGCACAGUGAUGUCACUAAGCCACCGUUGAAGAAUUGGGUUCAGAAUUACGCCCUGAAGCAACAGUCGGAUAGCUUGGCUAAGUUUGACUACUCGGACAUGUUGAAGACUUCUAGCGUGCAGAGUGGACUAGGAUAUGGACUGAAUCAGAAGGUUGAUGGUGGUGAGCAGGGUUUGAAGGAAGAUGGAGGAAAUGAUGUAGAACAACAUAAACAGAGCUUUCAGGUGGCUGAGAGCUUUAAGAAUCUUCAGCUGAAUCUAGAAGCUCAGAGUCUGGAAGGCCAUCAGAAUCUCAAAGACCAACAGAAUCCUCAGAAGAAUCUAGAAGUUCAUCAGAAUCCUCAACACGACCUGGAAGUUCAGACAAACCUGGAAGCUCAUCACAAUCAUCAUCAGAACCUAGAAGUACAACAGAAUCCUCAGAGGAGUUCAGAAGCUAAUCGGAAUCUAGAAGCCAAUCAGAAUCCAGAAGCCCAGCAGAAUCCUCAUCAAAACCUAGACGCUCAAGAGUCUCUAGAAUCCCAUAAAAAUCCACAAUCAACAUCUGAAACCCUCCAAGACCUCCAACUCAACAUAGACACCCAACUAAACCAAGGUGAAGACUCGCUACAAACCCAGAACAAAAGAAUGCUUCAGAAUCUAAAGUUAAAGCUAGAAGCGCUUCAGAAUUCUCAAGUCAUUCAGAAUCCACAAGUUGCCCAAAGCUACCAAUUCAACUACGCAACAACCUGUCAUCCUUACAUCAAGUUCCAGAAUCCAAUCAACCCAAACUACUUUUUACCUACAUUAACAUCUUCAGGCUGUAGUUAUUCUGAGCCAUCAAAGACUGAGAUGAACUACAACUUUUGUAAGUUCAUGUCGGAAACUGGGGGUGUUAGUGAGGCCAAGCUUGAUGGUUUUGAGCUGGGAAGUCUAUAUGAAGGAGGAGAUUUGAUGACUCCAUCUCAACGUGAAGCUGUUCGUCAGUAUUUGAUUACGGUGGCUGCACAGAACAAGAACUUUUCGUCUUUGGGUCAAAAAAGCUUGUCUGCUUUGGGUAACAAAGCCUACUCUACCUUAAGCCACAAAGCCUACUCUGCCUUGAGCAACAAGACCUACCCUACAAUCACCAGCACUUUACCUUCAACCACCAAUGAUUUGACUAUCAGAAACAAUGACUUAACACUAAGAAACAAUGACCUAACUUCCCUAAGUAGUAGCUUCACUAACCUAUGCAAUGACCUGACUACACGAGAAACCAACGAUGAUAUGCCUGUCCUACAGCGUGCUGAAAACGAAGACUUUGUGCUGGACGAAGAGGAUAGAAAAAAAGCUGAUAACUAUGCCCAACUCAUGUUUGAUCAAGUGGUCAAGACAGCCAAAAUUGACGCCAGUACUUCUGGCUCACUAACAGCUGCAGCUGAGUUCAUGGUGAACCCAUAUCUGUACGGUGGGCAGCCGCUGAGUCUUGGUGAGGAGAGUUUGGGGCUUGUUGAUGAAGCCUCGGGGCUUCGUGACGAAGCUUUGAAGCUUGUUGAAGAAGCUUCAAGGCUUACUGAAGAGCCUUUGAGGCUUGGUGAAGAAGCUUCAAGCCUUCAUGACGACUUUUUGAGUAAAGAACUGCCGUUGAUUGAAACUAACAAUGAAGGUCAAAAUGAUGGUGAAGAAGGCUUUAAAGAUCAAGAAAAGCUAACUGAAAGUGAUCUUGCUGAAGGAGAAGAUGAGGUAGAAGAUGUUGAAGUCGAUACAGUAGAUGUAGUUGAGUCAGGAAGAGCUGUACAAGGCCAAGACAUUGUGGAAGGCCAAGGAUAUGUAGAUGAAGAAAGCUUUAAAAAGCUUGGUCUAGAGACAGCAAGUGCUAUACCAAGCCAUGAACAUGUUCAAAGCCACGAACAAGCCUUCAAAAAGCUUGGACUAGACCAAACUCCAGCUGCUAUACCAAGCCAAGAACUCCUAGCUGAACAAUCCUUCCAAAAUCUCGGACUAGACCAAGAAAGACUAACAACAAAACGCAAAGCCGACUGGUCAUUACACUUACUAGAAGCCCUAAAAGCUACCCAUAAGCAGCUAGCCUCAAGCACUUUAGCUGAAACCGAAAAAUGUCUUCUAGACCCAAAACUUCAAAAACCCAUCAGUAUCGACCAGUCGACCAACAACAAAGGCCAGUCGCUACAAAACAUCGUUGACCAACCUCGACAAGACCCCUACUUGAUCAUCCGCACCUCCUUCAACAUGGAGAUGAACGUGAAUCGACUACAACAAAAGCUGGACAUAACUACAUGUAGCCUUGACACCUUCUGUAGAUUGUUCCCAAUCACUGCUGUAGCCUUGCUGGAUAUGUUGACAGAUGUCUGUACGACUGUGGCAGUAAGGGUCAACGAAGAAGAGCUUUCCAAGAACCCUAUACUACAAGUUCCCUGUGCUCUCAGCCCAACGAAGAGAGUAGUUGACAUAGUUAAGAAGCUGGAAAGUAGAAGUACUCAGCUGGUCAGAAGCCCAGAACGACUGCUGAUAGCAUCACAGUACUCGGACAAGCAUUCCAUAUCAAGAGAUCUGAAGAACAUGAUACAUGAAGCCAAAAUGAUGACUGCAGAAGCGUCGGAAGUGGUGAUUACCCGAAUAUCCAAAUUCGCUGAGAAUCUGGGUACACAUGGUAUUGAUAGAACGGUAAAAGACUUGCUCUCGGUCAUGUUUAAAGGCCAGGUGGAGCCUUACACUGUGCCUAAUAUAUGUAAGUUUGUUUUGAAGAUUGCAAAUAGGGGGGGGAAAGCAUGGAAGAGGGAGGGGGACAAAAGGGUCUGAGGGCAAAAAAAGUAGUGACAAACAAGGAGGUCAUUAGAAAAGCAGAAGGGGGGGGAGAUGAUACUAUGGAAGAAGGUGGGUAAGGGGGGGGUGAGGGCAGGGUCAUACCAGACAUAGAGGUCAUUAGAGAGGAUCUGUAAGAAGCCCGAGCUGAGCUCAGCCUUGCUUCGGGCCUGUGCACUUGGCCCUUCGUGUGCCACAUCAUCCCCCCCCCCCUUCUGGCCCAAUUUUUCUUUAGCUUGGCCCUACCCUACUCUUCCUCUCUUACUUGUUUAAUCCAACUUCUUCUACCCUACCCUACUACCCCACCUUACCCUAUGACCCAAAUGUGCCUUUUUGCAAGCCAAAUCUUUCGUUGCGAGACCAAAAUGCCGCGGCUCUGAGAGAGAACUGGAUUUAAAGCCGGGCCACCUGGCUCGGACUGGCCCCGUUUAAAGUUGUUUCUAAGCCCGCGCUUAGGCAGCCUCCUUUCAAGCCUAUUUUCAACCCAAAACUAAGACUAAUUUUAAUUUUUUUCAGACUCAAGUUCAUCAGUCGAUCUCUCUUCAACUAUUCAAUAUUACGAGAAUGGUGAAGCCAAAGGAGACUCAUUCUAUUCAAGACAACCAACUGUUGGUAUUGGAACGUUGCCGCCAAACUUGACACUUCCUACUGUUUUCAAGUUCCAGGAGAUCGAGGACGGUCUUGAGCAUGCUCGGCAGGUGGUCCAGCUUAAUAAGUAAGUUAGUUAAUCCAUACUGGCUUUAAUACAGUAGCCCUUUGAUACAGUAAUCCAUACUGGCUUUACUACAGAAGCCCUUAGAUACAGUAAUCCAUACUGGCUUUACUACAGAAGCCCUUAGAUACAGUAAUCCAUAUUGGCUUUACUACAGUAGCCCUUAGAUACAGUAAUCCAUACUGGCUUUACUACAGAAGCCCUUAGAUACAGUAAUCCAUACUGGCUUUACUACAGUAGCCCUUAGAUACAGUAAUCCAUACUGGCUUUACUACAGUAGCCCUUAGAAACUCUAUUAUAUACCCCCCCCCCCUUAAACUCCUAUCCUAACCCUCCCCACUUUCAGAGACAAGAUCUCGGACGGAUUCACAGUACGAACCGACCCAAAUGGCGACAUGUUCGUACGAAAUGUCAGCCAUCGCCCAUUAUACGUGGAGACCAAGCUUGGUAAUCGAAAAGAUACCAUCGUAACGCCGAAAAGAGAGCGGAUUUCGCGCGGGCAAAAGCUGAAGGUCUACGACUUCAAGAACAACUUCAAGGAGAUCUGCUUCUGGGCCGCGAAUAAUGAUAAGCAUAUGACGCACAAUGUUAAGCCGGAUGUUAGUCAGGAGGUAAGAGCUUUAACAAGGGUUUUUGAGUACCAUACAGGUCGUACUGUGGUCGAAAAGAGACCAAAUAUUAUGUUGUUCACAAAAUUGUGAGCCCUCUCUCAAAGCAACUUUUUGAUAUAAAGGAGCACAGAAUUAUUUGAACAAUCAGCUAUUUAAAAAUUCAAUUUCAGAUGGUUAUGAACCGCCUCCGCGCCGCCGGCACAAUUCGUUGCAGCUACGAUGGCCGCUUUAAGCAGCAGAUGGCAUCGUUCCUUGACAUGAAUAGAGGAAUCGAAGUCUACACUAAUCGGUAUGGCUUUUCAAAUACCCUACUUUACUUUACCCUAACCUAAAAUGCUCUACCCUACCCUACCCUACUCUACCCUACCCUACCCUACCGUACCCUACCCUACCCUACCCUACCCUACCCUACCCUACCCUACCCUACCCUACCCUACCCUACCCUACCCUACCCUACCCUACCCUACCCUACCCUACCUUACCCUACCCUACCCUACCCUACCCUACCCUACCCUACCCUACCCUACCCUACCUUACCCUACCCUACUCUACCCUACACUACCAUACUCUACCUUACCCAACCCUGCUCUACCGUACUUUUACUAAUAAAUACUGCUUUCAGUGCCCUAACCGCCGCUCAAGAAAUGUACGAGAAACCGAAGAAAGCGCGCUACUACUUGAGGUAUGGGCAUCUUCCUGGCUAUGGCUGCGCUGAAGACAUGCCUAGAAUGCAUCGGCGGACCGUAUAA